AUGGAAACCAAGGUCCAGCCUCAAUUUUUCCAACAAGCACCUGACAAGGCACAACAGAUGGAUGAUCCCUGGUUGGAGCAAGACAAGUACAGUGCCAAGCCAACAAAAGAUGCAAGAGUAUGGAAGGUAUAUGUGAAGGAAGCUGACAUGUUGGAUGCAGAGCUUGUUGAUGGCUGGAACAAGCAAGCAACUCAGCUAACUAAUGAUCAUGACUAA